GGUGAUUCUGAAGACGGCCCAGUCGUCAUGGCUCAUGCUGCUGUUUAUGUGGGUUUUCCUGUUCCUCAGUUACUGGGAGGUGCUAGCAGAAUUUUUCGCACUCAUUCUGCACUGGUGCUGUUGAGGCACUCUGCUUUUUGUUACUGCACAGUGAACGGCACAAUAAAAUCAAAAAGGAAAAUGGAUCAUCUAGAGAGGACAGCAAAUAAUUUUCGCCAGGAAGUAAUUUCACAAGCCAAAGUGUGUGGAAUCGCCCAUGAAUCGGAGACGGUCAGAAGGCUUCGUCUGGCUAUCACAAAUAAAGACUUUACUUUCAAAGCAGGACAGUGGGUUGAUUUCUUUAUUCCUGGAGUCUCUGUAGUUGGGGGAUUCUCAAUAUGUUCAAGCCCUGGCCUGUUGAAACGAGAAGGAAUAUUAGAGCUGGCAGUAAAACGCGCUGCUCAUCCUCCUGCGCACUGGAUUCACACUGAGUGUGCUCUUGGCUCAGAAGUGGCUCUGCGAGUGGGAGGUGAUUUCUUCUUUGAUCCUCAGCCUGGUGACUCCCCUGUAAAACUAGUGCUGAUAGCAGGGGGUGUUGGAAUUAACCCGUUGUUUUCUAUACUGCUGCAUAUAGCAGAUCUUCAUGGAUACCGUGAGGGUAAAGGAAAUGGAUACGAAAUGGGAACAGUGAAGCUGUACUACAGUGUGAAAAAUACAGGCGAACUCUUAUUUAAGACGAACAUUCUCGGUCUGAUGCGUGCCUUUCCUGGGAAGAUCACGUGUCGCUUCCACCUUACCCAGCAGAGGUCACAGAUCUGUGAAGAACUCCAGCCACACGUUACAGAGGGAAGAAUAUCUGAAAAGGAUCUAGGAACACACGUAUCCAAGGAUACUUUAUGGUACAUCUGCGGUCCACCCCCGAUGAUAGAAUCUAUAGCCAAACUCCUUUCCAGCAUUGGUGUUCCCAGGAACUCUGUUUUCUUUGAGAAAUGGUGGUAGAGUGGCACCAAAAGAAAAGGUGUUGGUUGUUUCCAGUGUAUUUGGAUCAGCUGAAACACACA